AUGCCUUGUCUUGAGAUACUGGACCUGUGGUAUAACUCAGGUAUUGGAUGUGGAGGUGCUGUCCAGCUGGUGUCAUCUCUACACAGCAGCAAACUGAGAAAACUGCAUAUGACUCAUACUGGUAUCGGUGAACCUGACUUCAAAUGUCUAUCGAGCUAUAUUCACUCCACCACAAGUCUGGAGGAGCUGGGGGUUGGGAUAUCAGUUGAGAGUAUUGACUCAUUAUGUAAAGCUCUGAGUGCCAACAGCUCAAUGAGGAGACUGUACAUGAGCCACUGUGACUUGACUACAUCUCACUGUGUGCGUCUGGGACAGCUACUGAACACCCAAUACCACUGUCAGAUAGAGAAGUUGGACCUCAUUACUGUAGUCUGA